CUCCCUGAAGAACCAUCAAAGACAGCAUUGUUAACUCACAGUAAAUGGAAAAUAAGUGGCAAGCUGAAAUGAAAAAUAUUUCAUGAGAUGACAUUUUGUCCUUGGAAUAAUCAACUGAAGGGCUAUCAUUACACAGACCCUGAAGAGGAGCAACACGCAGGGAAGAAACCUUUGUAAUUCCAUAGAUGGCCUCAGCACCCUGCAAGUGUCUUUGAGCUCAGCAACAGAAUCGGUCCGACAUGAGCAUCCCAACUGGUUUACAGGGACUGAGGGUCAAUAUUGACAGAGGGGAAAAGAUUGGAAGCAAAACCCAGAUCCAGUUCCCCCAAUCUGGGGAUGACAAUGCCAAUCGAUUAUCUUCGAUUGCUGAUCAAGAAGGAAGAAGACUGAUAGAGGACGCAGGGUACAACACAAGCUCCAUCCCUCCUUUGGUCUCUCAGAGUGAAUCUCCGGACAAGUUAGUGAUCUGGGGAUCUGAGCAGCAAUGCAUGGAGCCUGAGCUCAGAGAUUUCGAGCUUUUGGAGUGUCAGGAGAUACAUGCAUUCUUGGGAAACAGGGAUCAGGAGGAGAAUGAGGAAGAAGACGAUGGAGGAAGUAUCAGAGAUGGAAAAGACGAGGGUGCCAUGUCUAUAUCUUCAAGCUCAACUGCCAGCUCUUCUUCGACUGGAGUGAAGAGAAAUGACAACGACAGCAACAAAGUGGAGAGCAGAAUACAGAGGAGCAAAGAGGUGCAGAAAAGGAUUGCCUGUCAUAGUACUGAAGAGCUAGACACAUGUGUGACAGGCUCAAUAGAAAAAAGGGACAACAGGUCAGGCAGAGCAGGGGAUAGGGAGAGACAGAAGGGAGGUCUGAAAGAGUCCAAGUCAGAGACAAAUGUGUUUGUCUCCAGUCUGUCAGCUGUUUCCCUCAGUGGGAGCCUGUCGAGCGCUCUCAAUAGUAGCGAAGAAGCGCAGUCUUUCAUCUCUCUCAACUCCAAGACCAACCCUUAUCCUAAUACAAGCAACACUACCUCAGCCCAGGCCAGAAGAAGGGCAGCCCCUGUAGAUGCCAACCAGAACUCCCCACCAUCGCAUCCUCAGGAGAAACAUGGCUGUCCUCAGUACUACAGCCAGGAUCAGAGACAGGAGGAGGGAAGUCAACAUAGAAAUGGAUUGUCUUCUGAUGGGGGGCUGGGCCAAAGGAGGAGGACUGGAUUUGAGGAGAGGGUGAUGCCACCACGACGGCAACAGCUCGUCAGGCCCCUCUGUCAGGCAGAGAUGGGAAGAGCAAGGAGCUUAGAGCCCAGUGGUCAUCAAGCUGAGACAGAGCAACCUUGUUCCACCAACCUCUCUCCAGAUUCACAGAGUAAUGGGUCAAACAGAAAGUUUACAAAAUCGUCUUUACGUGAGCCAUCGGAUUUCUCCAACCUGUACACAUUCACACAGCUCAGACAGCCCAACCAGGCAGCACAGAGGGAGGCUCCACCUGUAGAAAAACAGCCAGCUACAGCUGCGUGGCGAAAUUCAAGUCCUUCCAAUCCUUCCAAUUUAGAGAAGAGGCCCCAGACUCAGCUCACAUACAGAAGGAAUUGCUCCAGUCCUAACCGGACGGGAGUUGAUUCCAGGUCAUCUACCCCUCCCCAUUCCCCUCUCAGGACACCCCAGGGUUCACCACGCAGGCAGCCCUCCAUGUACCUCGUUUCCAGGAAUGUCUCUGGAGUGGUUAGACACAUCCCAUCAGGAUGCAACCCUGCUGUAACAACCUCUGCUCAGGGCUAUGGCAACAGUUGCAUGAGAGCGCCAUUCAAAACCAAUAUAAGCACAAGUGGAAUCCCCAAAGCGCCUCUUAACAACCAGCAGAGCUCUAACCACAACUCCAGCCCCAAAGAGAGCUCCCCAUCACCUAAACUUAAACCUAAAGGAGUGCGUCCCAAAAUCAUCACCUAUGUCCGAAAAAAUCCUCAGUUUAAGCCCCAGGCUGCUGAUGGACCUUAUCAGGUAUCUUCUCUACCAUCCCGGCUCUCAGCAUACGGACACAGCCAAGCACCCACUUCCUUCAAAGACACCCCUAAAGACCCCUCCAAGCCUAGCGCAGAAACCAGAGGACCCCCAGUACUCAGUGCCUCCAAUCUGCUUUAUGACAAGUACCGCCAAGAGAUGCAGACAAACAUCUUCCCAUCAGGAAUGCUGAGCAGGAGUAUCAGGCCCCCUGGACACACACACACUGUCCCCCCUGCGCACACACAUGCCGCACCACAUGCACACACACACAGCCACACAGCACCCCCCAAACUGGGCGGCAAAGCAGAUAACUUCUACGGUGCGCCAUCAGAGGUGGGAAGAUCUGCCAGUUUUAAAGGGAGUACUGCUGAGGAAGCGAUGCAGGUCCGGACAGCCGCUCAGGCCGGAGGGAGUGGCAGUCUGCUGCGCUCUGGUAGAGGUCUGCGUCUGGGCCUUGGAGCUGUCACCCGAACGACUACGGGAUCAGCUAAGGGCAGAGGACCCAGUCAAGGUCAGAGGUCAACACUGGUCUUCAGCCAGCCAGUCCAACCUGUCAGUCCAGCGACCUGUCAGAAUAGCCAAGAUGCAGACGACCAGGUCUUCACCCAUCAUGCUCCUGCUCCUUCUCCAGCGACAGCAGCAGCCCAGCCCCAGGCCGCGGCCUCCAGAUCUCUGCUUCCCAAAGCAAGUCAGUCAGGCCUGCGCCCCCCAGGCUUCAGCUCCAGUCGUCUCCCUGCGGGCCGCCUGGCAGCCUUUGGCUUUGUCAGGAGCUCCAGUGUGUCCUCCGUUUCCUCGGCCCACUCUGCCGACAGCACACAGAGUGACCCCUGCAGAACAGCUCACCGUCUGAGCGUGAGCGAGGAGCCUCCUCUUCACAGAGUGACCACCGGCCCUCCAUCAACAGAUCACCAGAGAGGGGCACCGUGUCGCAGCAACAGCCUCCAGCCCCCCUCUACCCCAGCCCUGCCCCGGCGCUACCUGCCCGCCCAGCCAAGAAGCUCCCCUGGAGUUGGCAGGAAAGAGUUUCAGCGGAGUUCAGAUGUCACACGUUCUCUCCCAUCCUCCCCAAAGAGGCUGGCGGUGGUUCCUCCCAAACCUCAGUCCCCAGUCCAGAGUGGGCAGCGGCCCGCAGCAGCGGUGCGAGGGUCAGCUCCCCCGGGGUCCCCUCGCCGCGUGACCCCCCUGAGGCUGCAGCAGGAACAGCAGGAGGUUCAGAGGCUGCAGGGACGAUGUGAGCAGCAGGAGAGGCAGCUGAAAGCUCUAAGAGAUGAACUGAGGAAGACUUCCUUGGGUCUGGAAGCCUUCAUUAUCACUACUCAGCAUUACUGCCUCAAGAAUAAAACUACAGAGGAGAAUCAAAGGAAAUUGUCCUUGGAAAUCCAAAAGAUCAGAGAGGAAAUGGCAUCCAACUCAGCGCGAUGGGAAAGACUCCACCGGGAAAAGACGGCGCUGGAGGUGGCGUUUGAACGUGAGCUACAGGAGCUGCAGCUGCAGCAGGAGGCAGAGCUGGCUGCUGUGGAGGAGGGGCUUAGGAAGUGUCACUCAGCGGAGGCAGAGCACCUGAAGGCGGAGCAUCUGUCAGAGAUGGAGGAGCUGAGGACUCAGCAACAGGAACAGGUGGAGGAGAUGACAGUCAGCCACCAGGCAGCCAUUCAGGAGCUCAGAGACAUGCAUAACAUCACCAUGGCAACACUGCAUGAGGAGCACGCCCGUACCAUGAGAGACUUAAGGAAAGCUCAUGAGCAACAGAAGAUCCUUCUGGAGGAGGAUUUUGAGAAACUCAGGCUUUCUCUACAGGAUCAAGUGGAUACUCUCACAUUUCAAAACCAGAGUCUGAGGGACAAAGCCAAACGCUUUGAGGAGGCUUUGAGGAGGAGUACAGAUGAACAGAUAGUUGAUGCUUUGGCUCCAUACCAGCACAUUGAGCAAGAUCUGAAGAGCUUGAAGGAGGUUGUGGAAAUGAAGAACCAGCAGAUACAUCAGCAAGAGAAGAAGAUCUCUGAUCUAGAGAAAGUGGCUCAAAAGAAUGUGUUCCUUGAGGAGAAGGUCCAGGUGCUGCAGCAGCAGAAUGAAGAUCUGAAGGCUCGUAUUCAAAUGAACCUCACCCUGUCCAGGCAACUGUCAGAGGAGAACGCCAAUCUCCACGAGUCAGUCGAAAAGGAGAGCACCGAGAAGAAGCGGCUGAGUCGGAACAACGAGGAGCUUCUGUGGCGUCUCCAGACCAGCCCCCUCAUGUCCCCAGCCUCCUCCCCACUGCACCGCUCCUUCUCCACCUCCCCUGCCCCCUCAUCCCCAUUCUUCUCCUCCUCACCUGUAGCAGGGUGUGACUCCCCCACUCACUGCUAUGGCUGCCCCCAGCAGGCUCAGUACUGCUCCCCCUCCCACAGAGCUGCCAAUCAGAAUAUCUCCCCUGGACCAGCCACACCCACUCACAGGGCAGCAAGCAAUCAGAAUUACUCCCCCGGCCCAGCCACGCCCACACACAGAGUGUCAGCCAAUCGCUGUAAUUCAGCCGCUUGCCUCAGCUCUUUGCAGAGAUAAACUCACAUAUCUCUCUCUCCUCUUUUCUGAACAUUCGCUUUCAUUUCCUUCAUUCUCUGCUCUCCUCCUUUGCUUUUUGAAUGUGAAUUGCAUUGAAAUACAGAGGGCAGUUGUCUCCAGUCAUCACAGGACAAAGUGGACAGAAAAAAAGAGUCUUGAACUUUCUCAAGUCUCUACAGCUGGUGUAUGUCAUGUGAAACACAACUGAUGCAGAUGACUGCAGCUCAGAUCUCUGUCCCCAAACCGAACUUGAAUUAAUGCGAAAGUCUUGAAAUGUAGACUGUAUAUACUGUAUGAUAGUGACACAGAUAGUGUCGACAUGUAGUGAAACCUCCCUGCAUGGGUAGUCAGGAGUCCCGCACAAAUGGAAUCAGUACAGAUUAAAAGUAGCACACUCUUGUCACCAGAACAGAAUACUCUGGUGUGUUAAAACACAGUCACAUCCUUGAUACAAUAAGCUAUAUUCUCUCUCAUCGAGAUUAGUUUCUCAUAGUCAAAUUCUUUUUAAAAGAUGAGUUUUGAUUCUUAGUCAUGGAUUGAAUCAGCUUUCAGCAGAAAUGUUUUUCUGUUUUCGUUUUUCAUCUGGAAAAAUCCCUAACAAAGCGCCUUAUACUCAGUCCUGCCGUCUCACCAGCAGGGAACAAGCAACAUUUUCUUUCAUAAAGGACUUUGGAUAAAGAAUUGGUUUGUAAAGCAAAGCAAAUCCUGUUUUUCAGCCUCCUUGAGGUGUAUUUAACAUUUUGUAAUUAGUUCACUGGUGAUAAUUUUACUUGUGUGGGACAACCCUACCUGGAAACCCCAGCCAUUUUACCAAAAUACAGAGAACUUACACGUUCAAACCUUGCCAGGUCUUCCUACAGCGUCUCGCCACACAAGCUACUCUUCACUUUUGGGAUCCCUCAGGUCAACUUGCAAAAACUACGUCUGCCAUUUUGUAUUUACCUCAGCGGGAAUGUGCAGUCUGUUGUGUUUGUAGCUCAACAGCAAUGACAACAACAAAAACAACAACAACAUCAACAAAAACUCACAGCUACCAGGGAGCUCAGAGCUAAGGGGGAGACCCGACACAUAAAUCUCUGUUUUAAAUGUUGUGGAUUCCUUUAAAACGUGAUAUCUAAUUUAUUUGUUACAUGUAUUUUGCUACUUAAGCAAGCAUGUACUGUGAAAGUCUUCCAGUCUUAAUGUGAAACUUAUUAUUGCUGUGAUCUGUCUAUUUAUUAAGCUUGAGGAGUGAUAGAAAUGAGUGUUUGUAACUUUUAAUAUCACCUAUGGGACACAAGUGGAAUAUGUGAUGUAGGAGAAAUGAGAUAUAGUGCAUAUUUCUCUGACUUGUUGUCAUCACACACACACAUAGGUGGUGUUCAGGGGACUGUCUUAUGAUAUGAUAUGGAUCUAUAAGCUAUGUAGGUAAAAAAAAAUACAGGUUAACCCUCUGUUUACUGCUUUGUGAAUAGUGUCACAAAGAUUAGCGUAACCCUGUCUGAACCUGUGUUAACCUCUUCAUAACCUCUUCAGAUGCUUCUGGUUUGUUUAUCUGAAUGACACUUUUUAUCCUUCGAGUAUUAUGUUCAGACUUUUGCAAACAACACUGAACUCUUAGUGUGCAAGAAUAUAUUGUUCAGGGAAUUAUUUUCUAAAUUUAGAUUUAAAAUACUUUCAGUUAUAAUUUUGUAUAGCUUCUCUACAGAACAUUAUACACUCUCAAGAUGUUUCCCGAGAUAAUUUUCCACUUAUAUAGAAUACGAUAGAGAAACCAACCUUUGGUAUAUAGAAAUGAAAUUUAUUUUAUAGCAUACACUACAUCAUAGCUGCCUCCUGUGCUGUACUCUACUGACUUACUUACCCUCAGGGUCCUAAUCUGGCUUUGAACAAGACGACAUAGAAAGCUACAGUAUCAUCAUGUAAUCUCAGUGAUGUACUCGUACAUUAACAAACAAAGCUAAAGCAGUUCGGACUCCACAUGAAAAUGUGCCACUGUAAAUAAGCGAGGCCA